CGUGAUUUGGUUUGCGCUGGAGGUUGGAUUUCGACUGGAUUUCUAUCCGACUGUCCGAUCCCGAAUUCCGCCCUGCUGCAGCAAAAGGCACUGCACUGCAGUCUGCAGGUAUGCAGCGAGCAGCGAGCAGCCAUUCAGCUCAAGUCAGUUGUCCAGGGCAGGGCAUGGCAGGGCAUGGCAUGGCAUGGCAUUGAGCAACCUGACCGAGAGCCCAUCGAGCCCAAUUCACGACCGGUGCCAAAUUGUGACUGGCUUGCCUGAACCUUUCUAGCUGAGAUAGUAUGUACCUCAGUCCUGCCCUUGAUCAACAAAUUUGUCGAGGUACACAGGUACAAUAUACACACACAGAGCUCCCACUAUCGCGAGAGCUUCCUUGGAAAGAAAUUCGCGCCCAAAAGCAACCUCGUCAGCUCCGCCCAAGCUCUUCCAAGCUGAGUCCUCCAGGUCCCUCGGUCUCCGGUACAUAUACUUGCCAUCUCAAUAAGGAUCCCCGUCCUGACAUUGACACUCAAGCUGAUCUUUUCCUUGCCUCGUCUCCAAGUUCUUCAGUGGGGCCGCUGAAAGACAUUGACAACUGCAUUCCCGGGGCAGAUUCCAUGCUGCUGUAAAGAUCUUCUAGACGACUUCGACACACUACAUACUGCACAGCAGCCGCUCAACAAACUGGAGGGUACCUACAUUGGACUCGCUGCCAAAGCGCAUGUGUCUGCUCAACAUUGGCUGCUAGUUAUGGCUAGUCUCGCUGUUUCACCAACCGCGCGCUCGUGAUAGUUACCAGCCUCCAGUCGUGCCCUGGCAUCGAGGUCAGCCAGCCUCGGGUGGUCGUCCUUCAGUCAGCUUACGGGGACCGUAACACACAAUCAGCUUUUCACCAACUAGUCACGAAACGGACAACAAACACGUCAAAAUGUCGGCUCCGUACUGGGGCCAGCUCCCACCACUAGCUACAGUGGCUAGGAGUCGGCGCAUGUCUGGCGAUGUGACGCCGACAACCCCAUCCGACUCUCGCCAGUCCUUCGAUACCCACUCGCAGAACCGCCAAAGACCGGAUCGCAAUUCUGUCCAGACUACAAGGUCGGAAGUUCAAACUGACUCAAAUUCCAGCCCUUUCGCAUCGCCGACCACUCCCAGCUUUAUGGGCCACGGACCUGCGCCUCCUCCAGCACCAGUGCCAUACGCUACGGGCAACCAGUAUCCGCCCGACUUACUAGAAAAGCGCCUUCGCCGUCGGAGCCAAAAUCAAGACUAUGACUUAGACUAUGCACUCGAUACUGGCCCACCGCCGCCUGCCGUCCCGGAGGCUCCCACAGGACCUCCCAUGAGUUACAGAUAUCCCGCUGCCAUGGCUGAACAACAAAAUUCGUACUUGAAUUCCUCUCCGGGAUCAUCCCCCUUGACCCAAGACGUGGGCUCAGCUGAAUUUCCCCACAAUCAAACCUCGGCCGGUGAACAGCAAGUAUCUCGGGACACGAGUGAUGCGAGCACGAGCUGGCGACCACAGCGUAUCGUUAACGGAUCGACGCGUUCGGCAAACAUGCCACCAUCUGCGGGAGCAAACAGCCACCGACGCAGGGUUUCUGGUCUUGACCAGCCUCUACAGAGGAGUACUAGGCGCUCGUCAGCGAGCCAGCCAGCAACCCGACAGAGAAUGUUCGCAGACGACCGCUCACCACUUCAGAGGCUCCAGCUGACCCUGGACAGCAUAGCAAAAGAAGAAUCAGGGGAAGGACCUACUCCACAAGCCGAAGCCACCGACGGCCCAACACGAAAAGGUGCGCCAGAGAACUCGGCAUAUGAACAGACCGAAGUAAAGACGAUAUCGCCGCAAGUUCCUGUCCAGAUUCAACAGGUCGCGCUCGCUUUUCAACGUCAGGAUCAACCCUCACAGACUAUGCCGGUAAGUUCGACGACUUCAACCAGACCUGACCAAGGUUCGGCGGCUGCAAAGGGACCUCUCUCGCAGAAUCCUCCCGAAGAAGGGCGAACGUAUGGAGCAAACGGUGGGCGAGUUGUUAGAACUCGGGUGCCUGACCCACGGAUUCCAAUGAACGCGGCCGUCAGGACUUCUAAUCUGCCACAGCGCAACCUCAGUUUCCGCGAGAGAGCAGCUAAUCAGGAGGCCAAGCUGCCCAAUGAUAUCAAUGAAGCCUUGGGCCCCAUGCCCGCACCAAGGAAGAUGGUGAAGAAGCCGGUAGCAGAGCCAUGGCCAAGGCAAAGCCAAGAAAAGCAGGAGGCCCUGGAGUCAGCAGAGGUUCGAGAUCAUCAACCAGUUGAGGAUACAGUCGAAAGGGCUGUCAAGGAUGACCAAAGUCAGCAGUUCGGCAAUAUCACUAUUGGAGCGAGCGCAGAGCCAGUCAGAGUAGCGAGCCAGAGAAAGGCGGACAAAAUGCUUGGUCGUGCCCCCGUCCAGCAACCCCGGCAGUAUACAACACCUACGGAGCGACAAAUCCAAGUUCAGACCGAGCCCGACCCCCAACCUCCCGUCGAAAGUCCCAUCAUUCCUGCCGAAACCCCACAGGCUACAACCGAAAGGAUGCCCAUGCGCGGGCCUAACCAUCCUCACCCACCUAACUACCAGCACCGACACCAGCACCAGGCACGAAGAGAUGUUAGACGUGACGACCAAGGGAGAGAUCUUAGACGCGACCGCGAUGAUGCUGAGCCUGGCCAUCAUAUCUCUAAUAUUAUGUACCAUGCGCGGGACGACCUCGAACCCGGGCAGGGCAAGUUUCAACCAACAAAAUACCUAGAAGAGUGGAAGAAUGGCACAGUCGGUACUCUUGGCGGCCCGCUUCUUGACCUGGGGAAUGUAUCGCCUGUAGGAGAUAAGGGCGCACCCCAGUUUCGGAGACGAGGUACCGGGGGACUGCGGCCAAGGAGAGGUGAAGCUUUUGAUGGGGAGUAUGAUGACACUUAUGCUCCCACGAGAUUCAAGCCGCCACUCUACCUCAAAUGUGGCCCUCUUCUACGGUUUUGCGGUAUCCGGCAUGACCGUGUGGCCACCCGCUCCCCCAAACCCGGGGCUGUGUUAGAGAAAGAGAUAUGGCGCGGUUCAGUCAUGAUCGUCACAUCAGACGCCGAUUCAUCAUACGAUAUUGCCCCAACACUGAGGCUAUUUGCUCAACCGGUGGAACUCUUACCCCCUCCGCCGAAAAUUAUACAUGGUGAUGAGCCUUUGGCAGCAGAGUAUGUUGACCCCAUCGCAGGCCAUCCUAAAUUAGGACGCAAGGGCGAGACUCUCUAUGUCAGACCGGUCGACCAUCUGGACGAAGGCAAGGAUCUUUCCCGGGAUGAGACCGACAACGGAUUAUUCGAAAAGUCGAGAAGCGCGCCAGAGUCUCUUCCGACCGGCGUAACUGACCCGCCCGGCUCGUUCAACGCCCGAAAGAAACGCGCCAGGAUUGAUGGUGAGAAAGUAGGAAAGUACAAAGACGUCCGAGGUUUCCGACUUCACGCUGAGCGAGGAUACACUUUCUGGCGAUUUAAUAUCGAAGUCGAACUCCGCGAAAAACAACAACGCAUCGCUUAUCGGAUCAACAGGGGACCGGCGACGGGUUUUUGGGUCCCAGCCAAAGGACAGGCAAUGAACAUAAUGUUCCACAGCUGCAACGGUUUUAGCUUGAGCGUCGAUCCUAACCAGUUCAGCGGCCCCGACCCUAUGUGGCGCGACGUGCUCAACACUCACCAGAGCCAACCGUUCCAUGUGAUGAUCGGUGGUGGUGACCAAAUCUACAACGACAAGUGCAUGCAAGAGACACAGCUCUUCAAGGAAUGGCUGUUAAUCAAGGACCCAUCGCACAAGCAUAACAUUCCUUUCAGCGCGGAGAUGCAGGACGAGCUAGAGCGCUUCUACCUGGAGCGAUACGCCAUGUGGUUUUCGCAGGGUUUGUUUGGCAUGGCAGCCUCACAAAUCCCCAUGGUCAACAUGUAUGAUGACCACGACAUCUUUGACGGCUUUGGCUCGUAUCCCCAUCAUUUCAUGGAGUCCCCCGUGUUCUCGGGACUUGGCAAUGUUGCUUUCAAGUACUAUAUGCUGUUCCAGCAUCAGAGCGUGGUGGAUGAAACAGAGAAAUCCGAGCCAAGCUGGAUCUUAGGUGAAAAACCGGGCCCGUACAUCCAGGAGGUCAGUCGAAGUAUGUUUAUGUUCUUGGGCGCAAAGGUUGCACUACUGGCGGUUGACGCACGGACUGAGCGAACGCGAGAGGAAGUCAUUAGAGAAAAUACAUGGAAGAGAAUUAUGGACCGGUGUUAUGGUGAAAUCGAAAAUGGGAAGGUAGAGCAUCUGCUGGUCCUUCUUGGUGUGCCGGUCGCUUACCCGAGGCUGGUCUGGCUGGAAAAUAUCUUGACCUCUCGUCUGAUGGAUCCUGUCAAGGCUCUUGGAAGAGCCGGCCUUUUCAAAAACCUCCUGAACCAUUUCGAUGGAGGCGUUGAAGUCCUGGAUGAUUUGGACGACCACUGGACAGCCAAAAACCAUAAGGAGGAGCGGGCAAUUGUGAUCGAAGAUCUACAGGACCUGGCAGCUGACAAGUCCGUCAGAGUUACUAUCCUCAGCGGUGACGUCCACUUGGCAGCCAUCGGGCAAUUUUACUCGAACCCCAAGCUCAACAUCCCGAAGGACAAGGACUUCAGGUACAUGCCAAACGUCAUCUCCUCCGCCAUCGUCAACGCUCCGCCUUCAGAUAUGUUGGCCGACGUGCUCAACAAACGUAACAAGGUGCAUCAUUUCGACCGAGACACGGACGAAGACAUGAUCCCAAUGUUCCAGCAAGGUGUCGAUGGCAAGCCACGCAACAACAAGCAUCUGCUUCCACACCGCAACUGGUGCUCAAUUCGGCUGUAUAACCCCGGGAACACACCAGACUCCACACCCGGCCAGUCUGUAAUUGGCAUCAACGCUUACGGACUACCUUCCAACGGACCCAGCCUUUUACGUCGCCUCUCACUUUCCAAAACACGAAGCCAAUCCGGCCCCACAUACCGUGGCCCCGACAGCGUGCGCGACCGAACCCGCCCGCCCAUCUCCAACGCGUUGCUCCGCACUCUUUCCCGCCGCGGACCAAGCGCAAGCGCUGAUCAAGUCGUCCCUGGCGGCCGCGGAAGCCCAGCGGCAGCAGGAAAGCCCCCCGGGUUGUUGAAGAGGACCCUCUCGGGCUCCUCCAUAAGCGGUAAAGUCGGCGACUUCUUCCGCCGACGUGACAGCAACAGCUCCCAGCGGCCGCGUGUGGGCGAUGAGGGCAUUAACGGGACUUGGGUUCCGGAAUCGGACGCUGAACAGGCUGUUUACGAUGACUAUGCCCAUGUUGGGGAUGAGUAUAACAUCCCUAAGAUCCGCGGUGGCAUUCGCGAUGGCAUGUCUGCUCGUGUGGGCUUGCGCGGUGGAGGGGGUGAAUAUUAUCCUACUCCCCCCGUGCCCGCUGGUACUGGUGGUGACGAGUUUGUUGCCGGUGACGAGAGUUACUUUACGGCCAAACCGGUCUCUGAUCACAAUCGUGGAGUUAGUACCGGUGGCGAGUAUCCCUCUUCACCAAUGACCGGUUUCAGUAACACCGGCCGGGGUGGUCCCACGGGCAUGGACAUGGGCAUAUUCCAGUCCCAAGCAACAUCCGCCUCCUUACCAGAACGGGACUUUGCACCUUCUCAACCCUCACCUCGUAGUGGCGGCAGUAUGUUCCGUUCCAGAACAACAGGCGGUGACACAAGAACCAUAAAGCGCGGAGACGCCAUACCUCGAAUCAUGGCCGACGGCGCACUGGAAGUCACCCUCAACGUGGAGAUCAGCCCGCGCGAUCCGGGAGGCAGCACGGUGCCGUACCGCCUGCUGGUGCCCAAGUUGUCGUAUGAGUAUGAGGGCGAGGAUCAUGACCACGAUCACGAUCCGGAGAUGAAUGCGAUGGUUGGGGAGGAGCGUACGUCGAGCCCGGGGCAGGUGCAGACGUUAGAGUCUAGGCAGCGGGAGGAGACGCGGACGGAGAUGGGGAUGGAGAUGGGAAUGGUGAUGGGGAUGGAGGAGAAGCCUAUCACUAGUGGUGGUGGAGGGCUUAGACGGUUGCUUAGUUUAAAAAGGAAUGGGCGACGAUGAGGAUAGGAAAUGAUGACAUGGGACGGGAUGUAGUGGGUGUAAUGCCAUGGUUAAUUUUGGGUUGGAUGUGCUUUUCAAUAUUCGUUAGUCUUGGAUUGGGUUUCAGGCAGUUAUGUUUCCUGAGCUAAAGUACACGUGAAGCAGGUACAGAUGGAUAAAGUAUUUACUAGAUGACGAUGUAACGAUUGAUGAAUGGACAUGUCCUU